GAGAGCGGAGGUUUGGUGGGGCGGGAAAUGGGGUUUUGUUCCCGUCCACGAAGCUUUCUGGGAUCGGGGUGCUGUGCUCACAUCCCGGGGGGUGGAAUUGGCGGGAUCCUCUGUGCCCUGCUCUGAGCGUUUCCAGAACUUUGACCUCGCUCAGCCUGCCUCCCUCCACCCUACGUGUGCGACCUCUUUCUCGCAGUGUGACGUGGAGUGUUACUCAAUGUCCUUGUACUUUCCAUUGCUAUUUUUUGUAAUGGGGACAUUAGAACCAUCCUAGUAGAAUCGUUUUUGGGAACUGAAAGAGGUAACGCAAAUGAGAACCUUAAAGCAGCCCCUGUCACUUGGUGACUGGUGGUCUCUUUUUAACUUCCCGAAGAGGUCAGGUCUCCGGGUGGGGUCAUAGCUCCAGCUGCAGGGGCCCUGGUCCUUCUCCCUAAUCCCUGCAGGACGCUGGAUGAUCCCAGGAGGCCUUCUGACCUCUUUUUAGGAAAGCCAGAAUUGCGUCCGCCUUCCGCGAAGGGCGGGGAGCAUUUAACUUUUAUGGGGGACCGCGAUGCAGUCAGGGUAUUUCACAACUUUCGCCUUCCCCAGCCUGACCUUUCUAAAAGAGCUGCAGGGAGGGGACUUCUUGGCUACUGAGGGCAAAUCUCUAUGUGAUUGAUCCUUGACUUUUUUCUUUUACAGAGAUGUUCAGCUCAACCGAGAGUGUGUCCUCGGGCAUGGGUGUUGAUAAUCAUUAAGCCGUAAUUGGUAGCUUCAUUCUAAGUGCUUUAUACAAAUAAAUUUAGGCCACACUGGGGCUCUGUGAAGUAUUGCUUUUCUCAAUUUUAAAGAUGAGAGUGAGACACAGGAUGCAUAGCACCCAACUAGUGAGAGGUGGAGCUGGGGUUGGAACCUAGGCAGUCCAGGUCAGAGCCUGAGUUGAUCAUCCCUUGGAUACAUUCUCAUUGAGUCAGAGGAACUAGCUGGACUUGUGGGGAAAGCAAGUUAGGACUUCAUUGAAAGGACGUUGAGAGCAAGGCUCAUGGGCUUGGACUUCUAGGAAUUUAAAAAUUUUUUUCUCAACUAUUUUGUUUCACGUUUUCCAAGUAUUUCGUAUUGUUGUGGAACUGUAUCAUUGUGGACCAGUCUGAAAUGCGAGAAAUAGGAGUAGAAAAAGUUUUUAAAUUACCCAUGAAUCUAAGAUGUAAAGAUAGUAACUGUUAAGCUUCUAAUUGAUUUCUUUUUAGUCUUUCUUUGCGUCUAUUUCUCUAUUUGUUUAUAAACAUUUAAAAAAAUUGUUAUAUUUUAAUGUAUGUCUUUAUAGAAAAUUUUAAAUACUGCUAAUAGAGAAUAAACUAGUGAGGCUGGUUGAGGUGGCUCAUGCCUAUAAUCCCAGCAUUUUGGGAGGCCAAGGCACGUGGAUCACUUGAGGUCAGGAGUUUGAGGCCAGCCUGGCCAACAUAGUGAAACCCCAUCUCUACUAAAAAUACAAAUAUUAGCCAGGCGUGGUGGCACAUGCCUGUAGUCCCAGCUACUCCAGAGGCUGAGGCAGGAGAAUUGCUUAAACCCGGGAGGUGGAGGUUGCAGUGAGCCAAGAUCACGCCAUUGCACUCCAGCCUGGGCAACAGAGUGAUACUCAAAAAAAAAAGAAUAAACUAGUGAACUGCCAUAUUAUAUCAUGCUCAAUUUUAUUAUUCGCAUUAUCCUUAUGACUACUUCCUGAUAUUUAAAAUAUUUUCAUUUUUAUAUCAUUUAAAAGCUAUAGAAAAGUUGCAAAAAUUGCAUAAGGAGUUCUCAUAUACUCUAUCCAAAUUUGCCAGUUGUUUACAUUUUUCCAGGUUGCUUUGUUGAUGACAAUCAGCCAAAUACCACCAGUAACAACACUAACCAGAGACAGCUGACUAUAGCUUUCUGCAGCACGGAAGCCCACAUACCAUGAUAAAUGUGGGCGUUUUGGCACGAUUCCACCUUCCUUCAUGCUCCAUUACUCAGGACUCUGAAGAUUACAAAAAGUAGUAGGAAAAAUGACCACAUUCAAGGAGGCAGUGACCUUCAAGGAUGUGGCUGUGUUCUUCACUGAGGAGGAGCUGGGGCUGCUGGACCCUGCCCAGAGGAAGCUGUACCAAGAUGUGAUGCUUGAGAACUUCACAAACCUGCUGUCAGUGGGGUAUCAACCGUUCCACCCUUUCCACUUCCUAAGGGAAGAAAAGUUUUGGAUGAUGGAGACAGCAACCCAAAGAGAGGGAAGUUCAGGAGGCAGGACUGUUGUGGAAGCAGGACCACAUGAAGACUGCCCUUGCCAGCAAAUCUGGGAACAAACUGCAAGUGACUUAACCCAGUCUCAAGACUCCAUCAUAAAUAAUUCUCACUUCUUUGAACAAGGUGAUGUCCCCUCCCAGGUUGAGGCAGAACUAUCUAUAAUUCAUACAGGACAGAAACCUUCACAGAAUGGGAAGUGUAAACAAUCCUUCAGUGAUGUUGCCAUCUUUGAUCUUCCUCAGCAGUUACACUCAGGAGAGAAGUCUCAUACAUGCAAGGAGUGUGGAAAAAGCUUCUGUUACAUCUCAGCUCUUCGUAUUCACCAGAGAGUUCACUUGAGAGAGAAACUCUCUAAGUGUGACAUGCGUGGUAAGGAAUUCAGUCAGAGUUCAUGUCUGCAAACUCAUGAGAGAGUCUACACUGGAGAGAAACCAUUCAAAUGUGAGCAGUGUGGGAAAGCCUUCAGAUGUAGAGCGAUACUUCAAGUUCAUUGCAAAUUACACACAGGAGAGAAACCUUAUAUUUGUGAGAAAUGUGGGAGGGCCUUCAUUCACGAUUUCCAGCUUCAGAAACAUCAGAGAAUUCAUACUGGGGAGAAGCCAUUCAAAUGUGAAAUAUGUGGUAAGUGCUUCUGUCUUAGGUCAAGUCUUAAUAGGCAUUGCAUGGUCCACACAGCAGAGAAACUGUACAAAUCUGAGGAGUGUGGAAAAGCCUUCAUUGAUAGGCUAGAUUUGCAUAAGCAUCAGAUGAUUCACACAGGACAGAAACCGUACAAUUGUAAAGAAUGUGGGAAGAGCUUCAGAUGGUCCUCAUAUCUUUUGAUUCAUCAGCGAAUCCACAGUGGAGAAAAACCAUACAGAUGUGAGGAGUGUGGGAAGGGCUACAUUAGUAAGUCAGGUCUUAACUUGCACCAGAGGGUCCACACUGGAGAGAGACCUUAUAAUUGUAAGGAAUGUGGGAAGAGCUUUAGCCGGGCUUCAAGUAUUUUGAAUCAUAAGAAACUCCACUGCCGGAAAAAACCCUUCAAAUGUGAGGAUUGUGGAAAGAGGCUUGUACACCGGUCAUACUGUAAAGACCAACAAGGAGACCACAAUGGAGAAAACUCAUCCAAAUGUGAGGACUGUGGGAAGCGCUACAAGAGGCGCUUGAAUCUGGAUAUAAUUUUAUCAUUAUUUUUAAAUGAUAUGUAAGUUGUAUAUAUUUAUGAGAUAUGGUAAGAAAUUUUAAUAUGUGUAUAUAAUGUGUAAUGAUCAAAUUGAUGUAAUUAGUGUAUUACCUUAAACAUUUACCAUUUCUUUGUUUUGGGAAAAUUCAAAAUCCAUUGUUCUAGCGAUUUGAAAAGAAACAAUAAAUUAUUGUUGAUUAUAGUCACCUUUGGUGCUUUAGAACACUAGAAUGUAUUUCUCCUAUCUAGCUGUACUUAUGUAUCGUGUUACUGAAUCUUUGGCUAUCUCACCUAACCCCUACACUUCCCUGCUUCUAGAACUACUGUUUUACUCACUACUUCUAUGAAAUCAACUUUUUUAGCUUCCAUAUGUGUGUGAGGACAGUUGGUAUUUAUCUUACUUUGCUUAGCUUAUGUUGUUUAACAUAAUGUCCUCCAAAGCUCAUCUGUGUUGCCAUAAAUGACACAAUUUUGUUUUCUUUUUAUGCCCAAAGUGUAUUCUAUUGUGUAUAUAUGCCACCUUUUCUUCAUUUAUCUAUUGAUGGACACACAGGUGGGUUCCAUGUCUUAACUGUUGUGAAGAAUAGUUCUCCAAUGUACAUGGGAGUGUACAUACCUGUUCCACAUACUGAUUUCCUUUGCUUUGGAUAUACUCAAUAGUGGGAUUGCUAGAUCACUCAAAUCUUAUGCCUCAGAGGCUUGACAUAAGAGCAAAACUAUGAAAGUGUGGCUAGGGUGGUAUGGCCUCAUACCACCUCAGGCCUCAAGUCCUCAACUGCACCAGAAUGUCCACAUUGGACAGAAUCCUUAGUAAUGAGGUGUGUGAUAAAGUCUCUGCUCAGUUGUCUAUAAUCUCAUCUGAGAGUUCACAAAGGAGCAAAACAUUAAAAAGAGGCAUAUGGUAAACACUUCAGUGUAUGUUUAUAUCAUAAUUUAUCACAGGCCAUACUGGUGAUAUAUUUCAUCCAGUCUUGCAGGAGAGAAAACAUUUAAGUUAAAUUCACUGUUUUACCAUAGCUCAGCAUACUCCCAUCAUCCUGGGACCAUCAUAGUAGAGAACUCUUGUAAAUUGUGCAGUAGGGUUGCAAACAGAACUUUGACAUUUACACUUGUCAUUCAGGAGAAAGGCCUUAGAAUAAGAGUUUGUUGACACAUUUACAAAACCCUAAUGAUGAACAUGUCAAAAUUGAUGACCACUAGAAUGUCAACUACAGGUACCUUGUUUUCUGCAUCUUCAGGACCUUAACACUGAUUAGCACUUACAUGUUUAGUAUGUGUUAAAUGACUCAAAAGGAGAAAAUGUGAUAUUUUAAAAUUGUAUCUAGGAGAGGAAAUCUACAAAAAAUAAUUCAGAGACACCUGAGUUAAAAUGCAGAAUAUACUCAGUACUGCAAUCCAAAGCAUUAUUUUGGGUAAUACUACCCUAUUGCACUUGGCUGCUGGCUUCCCCUCAUCCUCUGUUCUGAAGUUGGAUUUUUACUACUAGUGGCUUUGUCUAAUGUUCCAUUGGUUGCAUACAAUAUAAAUUCAACAAUCAUUUGUAAUUUCUCACACUACAGGCUGAAAAUGGUUUGUUAACUUGGCAAUAACAGUCCACUGCAUAUUUCACAAUUACAUUUUUUCAACAAUGUUAAGGCAAAAUUUAUAGUAAUUUUAUGUGGCAGAUGUAGUUACAUUGGAAAAAACUUCCUCAGUUCUGAAUUCACAUGAUUUCUUGUGUAUUUUCAUGCAGGCUUUGAUAUGACAGCCUUCUAAUUGUGGUAGCAUUUAUUUUAUCAAACAACUCAGGUAGAAGCUAUGCCAAUUUGACAAUUUUUGGAAACCUAAUAUUCUCUUCCUAUCUCUAUGAAAUACUAAGAGAAACCUAUGGGAGUUCGGUAAUUUCGUCAAAUGUAUCCAUGGUUGGGGUAGGAGUGACAUUUACAUGUUCUUCUUUAUUGUUGGCAGUAAAAAUAAGUCUUUUGUAAGCAGUGUAUAUCAGAAUAUAUAAGGUACAAGUGUUUUAUCUGGAAAUGAUGGGAUAGGAAAUUACAAUUAUGAUGUUAAAACUGAAAAGUAGAAAACCACGUGGAUGAUAUCACCCCAUUUUAAAAUGGAAUAAGUAUUCUACAAGAAUUUAUGUGAAAAGCAUUUAUUCCUAUAACAUGAGACCAAUAAAAUGAUGGCACCAGACAUACAGUAAAAGGAGAAAAACAUAAUGUGAGCUUUGUGAAAUCAGACUGUAACCUUCAUAACAUAAUCAAAUAUCUUUGUGUGUUUCUGAGACUUUUUAAUGUGUAUAUACGUGUGUAUAUACGUAAUAUGUGAACAAAUAUUCUUUCCUCUGGCAAUGAAUAUUUGCUGCUGGUAUUUUUCCAUUUUAUAAUUUUAUGCAUUUUUAGAUUUCUCAGUGAACAUCAGUUUUAUCAAAGUAGUAAAUUUUGUGCAAUAAAUUUGCAAACUUAUUAAUGUUAAUCACUUACCUAUCAGGACUCAGAAUCUCAGAAUAAAGUUGCUCUAUAUUGUCAUAUGACGUAAGUUCACAA